AUGAUGUACAAACAUAAAUUAUGUUGUGAAUUGAUUAAUGCAUGGAAAUCCCAUCAAUUACGUUCUAUUAAUCAAGAUCUUUGUCGCCAACAAGUUAUUCAAGGUUUAUCAAAUACAAAUAUUUUUGUCAAUUUGGAUUGGGGGAUGAACUGGCGUAUUGGUGUUGUUACAAGAAAACAAAAUAUCGAAGAAAACAAAGAGGAAGAAAAUGAACUUGAUGAUCAAAGUAAUAAUAAAUCAAACGUUUCGCACCAAUUUGAAAAUACGGUUUUUGUACAUAUGUUCGAUCAUUGUACACAAGAUAGCAAAACAGUUACAGCAAUUAUACAAGAUAUAUUGAAAAGAACUAAAUCAAAUGAUCCGCAAAUAAAAGAAGCCUAUAUCAGAUUGGACAAUGCUGGUUGCUACCACUGCGCUCAGACACUAAUAUCAUUAUCACAGAUAUCAAAAGCAACAGGUGCGUGUGAUCGUUUUGCUGCGGUCAUUAUAUCUCGUAUCAGAAGAUAUUUGAACGCAAAACAUAAUAUAACAACUGCUGAAGAAUUUGUUCAUGCAUGUUGUUCAUAUGGUGGGGUAAAUGAUGUGCAAGUAAUUGAAUCUCGCCUUAUAGUCACAAAUGAAAAGAAUAAAUACAAAUUCUCAGGUAUAACUACAUUGAAUAAUUUUGAAUUUGAGCCAUCUGAUGUGCGAGUACAUCGAGCUUGGCAAAUAGGUGAUGGAAAAUUAAUACCAUGGAAAGAUUUAAUUCAACAAGCUCCAACAAUUAGCCUAAUUGAUUGUGUUAAAGGACCCACUUGUAUUCAAUGGUCACAUACAACACGAACAACCACACAUCCAAAAUCUGAUAAAUCAACAGAACAAACGGAUGAAGAUACAGUCAAAGACGCUGAUGACCCACAUAUGGCUUUAUAUGACUGUAUUGAAGAGGGAUGUGUACAAAAGUUCUUGAAAUACGGUAAUUUUGUUCGUCAUCUAUUGGUCGAAAAACACCAUCGUGUAAUAGAAAAAUAUAGUUUAGCUGAUACAGCCAUGAAAACAUAUCAGUCAAAAUUAGAAAAAGUUGAUGAUCGUCAAAUGGUUUGUUUCCAUUCUUUUGGAACUGUCUACAUUCGACAAAAGUCAAUAUCAACAUAUACCUAA